GAGGAGCUUCACCUGCGGCUGAGAGGCGGUUCUCCCGGCCCGGCUCCGCGUUUCGCCGCGCCCCAAGGAACGCCUGGGCUUCGGGCUGCGGAGCAGCGCCGCUGUCCUGGGGAGAGCCAACAGUCAGAGAGCCCGGAAGACAAGCGCGGUCCAGGGCCAAGAAUGGAUGAGGGCACCGUGACAAUCCCCAUCAAUAAAGAUACUUAUGAAGUUCUUAAGAAAAGAGAGAACAGUCUACGUAAUCUCACUUAUAAAAAGUUUGCCUGUACAGUGACCUGUACAAAAUGUGCUGCUGAAGUAUACAGAAAAGUAUUAACGCAGGGAAUUCACCUGUCGGUCUAUAAGGCUGAUCUGACAAGUCACAAGGUCGACGCUGUGGUGAAUGCAGCCAGUGAAAGCCUGGACCAUUUAGGAGGUCUUGCUUUAGCUCUUGUGAAUGCCGGAGGGCCAGAAAUAGUAGAGGAAAGCAGAAGUCUUAUUAGAAAAUAUGGAAAAGUCGCAACUGGCAAAAUAGCAGUGACAGGUGGAGGGAAACUUCCGUGUAAGAAAAUUAUCCACGCCGUUGGUCCAAGGUGGUACCCAUGUGAAAAGGAUAAAUGUUGCGUUCUACUUGAGGAAGCUGUUGUGAAUGUUCUGAAGUACGCCAGUGACCCAAAAAACAACAUCAAGUCUGUGGCUAUCCCAGCAAUGAGCUCAGGGGUUUUUGGCUUCCCACUUAACUUGUGUGCUCAAGUGAUUGUAAUAUCUAUAAAGCUAUUUGUUGAGACCACGCCAAGCUGCCUCAAGGAGAUCCAUCUGGUGAACAUCUGUGAGCGUACGGUAGCAGAAAUAAAAAGGGCCUGUGAGAUGUUUCUGGGUGAAGGCAGCUCGCUGCAGGAGACUGUUCCAGCUUCACUAAGCCUGCCUGCACCUGUCAUCAAACAUGGAAAUACUCAAUUGCGUAUCAUAAAGGGACACGUUGAAGAGCAAAGGACUACAGCUAUUGUUAGCUCUGUGUCUUUGGAUGGCACGUUUUGCUCUCAGAUCUCAACGCCAAUGCUGCAAAAAGCAGGCCCAGCCCUUCAGGAGGAAAUUCUGUCUCAGCUGAAGCAUUUCUCCUAUUAUAAGGAGAUAAUAGUAACAAAAGGGUAUCAUCUACCCUGUGAGUUUGUACUUCACGUCAUAUGGCCGCAAUUUAACCACGUGGUACUACUGUGCGAGCAACUGAAGGAGGCAGUUAACAAUUGCCUGUGUUUUGUUCGGGAUUAUCCAUCGCCCUCAAUUUCCUUUCCAGAAAAGAAUUGGUCACUGAUGCUGCCUGAGGCUACGGUGGCAGAGACCAUGAUUGAAGAGGUGUUAGAAUUUGCCAGGAAAUAUCCUGAGAAGAAAAUAGAUGUGCAGUUCGUCCUUUGCCCAGAUGACAACGCUACCUAUCAAAUUUUCCAGGAAAAAAUGAAUUUAGCAGCAAGCAAACUGGAAAAGAAUAACAACAGAAGUGAUUAUUUGAGUACAGAGUCAAGCAGUCAAGGCAUAAAGGAGACUACAGAUAAUAAACUGGCCAUUGAACUUCAGGGGAAGACACAUUUCACACUGAAAGCAGCAGAAUUAUGGAUCCAAAGCUUGAUACAAACUCAGGAAAGUCACUCUGCUGUCAUUGAAAACAACUACAUUUUUAGCCUUGGUACAAAGGAAUAUGCAGAACUAUCUCGAGUGAAACAUUCUAGUGUGUCUGUGUCAGAAAAAGUGAAAGAUGGGAAAGCAAGCCUGGAAUUUCACGGACCCCCAGAUGCUGUGAUUGAUGCAGUGCUCGCAACUGAAAAAUUACUGCUUUUUAUGCAAAAGCAUACUACAGCCAAACAAGAGGAACUGCUGCAACUAACGGGCCAACCAGACACAGAUCAGCUUUCAGAAGGACACCUUGACAAGACAAACUCUACUGGACAGUUUCAGAUGCUACAGGUAGACUCACACCUUCAGGCAUUUAAGGACAGACAGAAACAGUUUGAAAGGACUGGGCUUCACAUCCUUAAGAUUGAAAAAAUACACAAUCCCCUUCUAUCUGCUGCAUUCCAACAAAUGAAAAAAAAUCUAGAAGAAAAAGGAGUUACCUCCAAAGGCUCCCACAAGUUAUACCAGCGUGUUCCUGCUCAGUUCUGUACCUUGGUAUGCCAAACUGGAUUUCACAGGAUAUAUUCUCCACCAACAGACCAAAGAUACGGAGCUGGCAUCUACUUCAAAAGGAACCCAAACAGCCUAAUCGAGGAUGACGGGAAGGAAACAGACUCUAAAAUCUAUGUGUUUGAGGCUGAUGUACUAACAGGGCUAUACACUAAAGGCAAGCAGUCUUACAUUAUGCCACCAGCAGUGGAAGGAGAUGCCAGUAUGUUUUAUGACAGCUUAGUAGAUGAUAUAAGCAAUCCUGACACCUUUGUCAUUUGCAACAGUCUUCAAGCCCUUCCAUGUUAUUUGCUGACUUGCUCCCAGGUGAAGGAGAGUCCCACGGACCUCUGAGGAAACCAGCAGCGACCUGAGGAGAAAUUAGUCAGAACUGUGGCUCUUGGGAUGCCCCCCUCAGAACAAACUCUACUGCUUAGAUUUCAAGAGGGUGCUCUGCCUACUCACAUGCUGUGAUCUAAGGGCCUCUUGACAGCUCUGAAACAGCCUUGAGGAAAAGUAAGCUGAUAAGAUUAAGGAGAUUAGGACAAAGUGAUCUAGAGUUAAAAACGAAUGGAAAACAUCAUAAACUAGUUUAAAAUUGUUUAUAUGUCUUAUAGUAUUCUUAGCAUGUGAAGCAUGUGACUAUCUAUUACAGGUUUGCAUUUUCUUUCUUUCAUAACACUGUCUUAAUCUAAAGGUACUGCAUAUAGUUUUGAAACCCAAGAAAUCCAGGUUGGUUUGAUUCUUACACUUGGGAAUGCACUGUGAUGUGUGAAAGCAUCCAAUGAAUGCUGUUUUCCACCUCAGGAUUUGUUGUUCAGUAAAGUUACGACAAACGUGAGGCAGUUCUUCAAGAUUUCUAACGGUAGUUGCUAUUAGUUUUUAUUAGUUAAGAGAGUUGAAGCAGUAUAGAUUCAUAUAUUCAAAAUAAAUAGUACAAAUAAUACUAUCAGCUUAUCUGUUAUUUUUCCUCAUAGUAUUUAAAGAUGGGACUUGAACCAUAUUUGAGGUUGAGAUUUCCCAGUGCUGUUCAAUCUUUUUGAAUGGCUACCACACAGGUAGAGAAAUAGUUCAAACCACGACUCCAAAUUGCUCUCCAAUAAGGUGCCUUACUGAUAUGUUGUAGAGAUCAUUUCAUCCUUACCAUAGCUAGGUACGUCCACACUACUUCCACAGCAACUUGAAGGCAGUAAAUGCCCAAGAGCUAUUAUUCUAAUUUCAAUUUAAAAGGAUUCAGUCCAGCUCUCAGGAAUUCUAAAACUUUCUGCAGUAAAGCCUGAAGUUACAUCUGGCGUUAGGAGAGUUUAAAACAAAUCCACUGUCUGAAACUAAAAGCUAUUAGCAGAUUUGCCAUUCCACAGUUUUGUGAGUUGUACAAUCCAAAGAAUUUAAACCCAUUAUUUAUGGUUCAUCUGAACACCUCAUCUGGUUGUAACAGUGGUGUAACAGUGGUGUAAUGCAGAAAUAAUGCUUGUCAGUCAACAUCAGGUCUGCUUUUAGACUGAAAAGUCACAUAUGGUUAAAACUCUAAUUAUCUGGGGAGAAGGGCCUGCACAAAACUAUUAAAAAAGCCCAUGAGAUUGUGCUAACAGAGCUUCUGAACCCUAAAACAUAGAUGUGAUCCAUGUUUAAAUAAGAUAUUUUUU